AGCUCCGCCGUCACGAGUGGGGAGGCGACGUUCUACGGCGGCAACCUGAGCGGUGGAGCGUGCUCUUUCACCACCCUGUCGACCAUCCCCAACAGUCUGUUCGGCACAGCCUACUCGGGUGCCGUGUGGGACAACGCUGCCGAGUGCGGUGCAUGUGUCAAUGUCACCGGCCCCAACGGCAACUCCAUCACCGCCAUGAUCGUCGACGAGUGCCCCGAGUGUGCCUCUGGCCACCUCGACCUCUUCGAGGACGCCUUCCUGGAGCUGGGCACCGCCUCUGAGGGCAUCAUCGACAUCAGCUACACGUUCGUGUCGUGCGGCAUCACCUCGCCCAUCGUGCUGGUCAACAAGUCCGGGACGUCGGCGUACUGGUUCUCGAUGCAGGUCGUGAACUCCAACGAGGCUGUCGAGAGCCUCGAGGUCAGCACAGAUGGCGGGAGCACCUGGCAGAGCACGACGCGCUCGACCUACAAUUUCUUUGAGAACUCGAGCGGCUUCGGGACGGACACCGUCGAUGUGCGCGUGACGAGCACUAGUGGUGGCACCAUCACAGUCAGCGAUGUCAGCGUUGCCAGCGAGGCGUCGGCGACGGCGGCAUCAAACUUC